AUGUCGGUUUCGGUCGUCAACAGGAUUGGCCUCAGGGCCAAGAUAUGGAAUACACUGACAGGACGGGUUGGUCCCAAGACGUAUUUCACCUAUACGCCUCAAGUGUCGCAGGUGUUGGAUCGAGAACCGAAGUGGGUGUCUGCCGACGAAGCCGUCCAAUGUAUCAAGUCCGAUGAUACAGUUUUUGUGAGUGGUGCUGCUACUACACCAAUUGAAAUUCUCCGUAGUAUGACUGAUCAUGGAAAACAAAAGCAAUUAAAAAAUAUACGCGUAUGUAGCAUUCACACUGAAUUUGAGUCACCUUAUUCAUCUCCAGAAUGUGAAGGAAUAUUUCGACCAAUGGCUUUUUUUAUUAGUUCGAAUAUGAGGAAGUGUAUAAAUGAAGGUCGUGGUGAUGCUGUGCCAAUAUUUUUACAUGAUAUACCCUAUGUAUUUGAAAGAAAUGUUAUACCAGUAGAUGUAUCAAUUAUUUCGGUAUCACCCCCUGAUCAUCAUGGUUUUUGCAGUCUUGGUACAAGUGUGGAUUGCAUUCGUUCAGCUUUAGGGAAAUCAAAAGUAAUUAUUGCACAAGUAAAUAAUUGUAUUCCACGCACUUUUGGUGAAGCCAUUAUCCAUCAAUCACAUAUUGAUUAUGCCGUCAGAUGUGAUCGUGAGUUACCAGCUCAUGAACACAAAGAUCCAAAUCCUACUGAAACAGCUAUUGGCAAACAUAUUGCUGAUAAUCUUGUUGAAGAUGGUGCCACAUUACAAAUGGGUAUUGGUGCAAUUCCAGAUGCCACUCUCACCUGUCUUAAAGGUCAUAAGGAUUUAGGAAUCCAUUCAGAAAUGUUCAGUCUUGGUGUUAUUGAUCUAGUAAAGUCAGGAGUUAUAACCAAUCAUAAUAAAACAUUUGACAAAGGAUUGAUUGUAACAAGUUUCUUAAUGGGCAACAAGAAGUUGUAUGAUUUUGUUGAUAACAAUCCAUUAAUAUGUAUGAGGCAAGUGUCAUAUACCAAUAAUGUACAUAUAAUAUCUCAACAACCUAAAAUGACCGCAAUUAAUUCCUGUAUUGAAGUAGACUUGACUGGACAAAUUGUGUCUGGAUCUAUUGGAUAUAGAUUAUACUCGGGGUAUGGUGGUCAAGUAGAUUUCAUUAGAGGAGCUGCUGAAGGUUUUGACGGUAAGGGUAAGCCUAUUAUUGCCCUAGGUUCUGUAAAUCCAAAAACUAAAGACGCCAGAGGCUUACCUAGUAGUAAAAUUGUGCCAAAAAUUCAAGAAGGAGCUACGGUUGUUACUACUAGUGCACAUGCCCAUUAUAUUGUAACUGAGUUUGGUGUUGCCUCAUUAUUUGGAAAAAGUUUGAGACAACGAGCACAUGCCUUGAUAAAUAUAGCCCAUCCUGACCAUAGAGAAUGGUUAGAAAAAGAAGCAUUUAACCGUUUAAAAGUUAUGCCGAGUGCAUGAGUAUAAUAUGUAUUUAAAAUUUCAAUGUAUUACUAUUUUUUUUUUUAAUUAAUAACCAUAUUAUCCGAAUAAUUCAUUAAUCAUAUUAAUACAUGAUUUAUUCUUAUUUAUUUGCUUAAUACCUCUCAUAUCAAGAUUAAAUUGAUAGAUAAUACAUUGUAAUUCGUAAUUGGUUUAUUUUUUAAUUAUUUUUUUUACCAAAACACAUUUGUUAUUGAAUCGUUAAUAUAAUAUUCAUUUAAAAAUCAAUAUUGUCCAUAAAGAAAUGUAUGAGAUAAAAAUUAUUUUAUAAACAUGAUGUAUAUUUCUAUGUAGUAUGGAAAUAGUAUUAUGGAUCUCAAUAAUGUUAUUAAAAAAAAAUCUAAAAUUGUAUAAUUUUGUCUGUUUAUACAGAUUAUACCUAGUAUAUUGCUAUAAUCAAGGAGUAAAUUAUUCUAUUUUCAUAUAAACAAAUAAUUAUAGAUAUGUAAUAAAUUUAUUUUGACUAUUAUGUGUAAAGCAUUAAUUAAAAUUGUAAUGUUCACUAUUGUAUUAAAAAUAGCCUAAAUGAAAAGUAUGAUGGAUGUUU